AUGGACCACGACAUGGAUAUGGCCCUUCACGCGGGCCUCCAAGCGGACAUACAGAACGUAGACUCGGGCUUGCGAAACCCCAAUCUCGAGCCUCACCACGACCUUCGUCACAUUCCUCAACAAUACAAGCAUCAACGAUCCCAUAAUCACGACUACGACGACGGCAGCGACCGCGAAAGUGAUCCUACACCCCAAGAUUAUCUCCACGACCGGCUGCCUCACGACCAUCGCCAUCAACACUCCGAUUCCUCUCAUUCCGCCACUCCUGCAUCCCAUCUCGACUACCGCAGCGCCUAUUCCCACCCUCCUGUGCCUCGCGCCGACGACCACGACUCGCUUCCCACGGGCGCCCAUCAUGCUUUCACCCCCGUAAAUCCCGACGACUUCUACAAAAGCUAUCGGGCAACAAAUCAAAACCAUAUUGAGUCCCUGUCUAUGGCCGCUGCGGCCCCACGUCCGUCAUUGCGCUCAAACGGUGAUGGCUCUACGCCAAAACAUCCUGUUGUAUCUCAAACACAAACCAACAUGCGUUCCGCAUCAAAUCCUGUCGACAACAGACCUGCCCUUCCGGGCUACAAGCCUACUGGGACUCACCCCAGCGUGAGGGAUCUGAAAAGGCGUUUUGAUCAAAAUGGUGCUACCCCUUCGUCAAUUCCCCGUGCCCCGUCGCAUACGGGGAAUGCAGCUAAAACUAGGCAAGAUGUUGGUGCCAGUCCACAACCUCGAAACGGUGCGACGUCUUACUCGACAUUACGUGACGGUUCCAGCACACUCAAUAAUCAAACAGCAUCUUCAUCAGCCCGUUCUCAAAGAUCAAGAUAUGUCGCUGAGGACCAGGUUUCUAACAAUUCUCAAUCAUUUGCAAGUCGAAUAGGGAAACCACGAAAUACUACUAGCGGGAACUCAAAUACCUCCAAGUCCACGUCCAACUUAGCACCAGGGUCUCCACAACAACAACAACAACAGCAAACGACUUCUUCUUCCAUCUCCACCACACAUUUACGAUCUCAAGGCUUACUGUUCGGCGAGAUUCUUCCCGAACAGCACAAUUUCCCUACUGCUGGUUAUGGCAUUGAGGGCGUCCGCCCACGGAGGACCUCUGAUUCCAGCUUGCACCAUCCCUUUAGCCAUCAAAGAAGUCUAUCAGACCCACCAGAUGUCCCCGAGCCUACAUCUCCAAGCAUCUGGUAUCGUAGCCUUAACGGCGACGAAAACGACGGGCAACCGGCUCCAGCCCCUCAGAGAGGUCAUAGGAGGUCCCAUAGCGACGUUCCCAAGUCCCCUGCACUACUUCCAGUCUCCCGAAAAGCACCCUCUCGGAAACAGCCCACCACCAAUACCUCUACUACCGGAUCGUCGUCGAAACUGCCGCGCUCUGUAAGAAACUUGAAUAGUCCAAGUGAUUCGGCACCUUCGUCAAGAUCGAAUUCUCCUACUGUCAAACGACCACAGGUAAAUGGCCGGACAUCACGAGCAGGAACUCCCACAUCGAGAGCGAAGACUCCCACAACAAGAUCGAAGACGCCCACAACGAGAUCGAAAACUCCAACAAGGGCCAAGACACCCACCCAGAGCGGCGCUACUCGAAAAGCGGCACCUCGAAAUCUUGUCACACCAACGAACAAUAAUCGUCUUCAGGCCAAUAUCAUUGCGCCUCCUCCGAAGCUUUCUCCUCCCCUAAGGAGUUCUCGACCCCGUCAACCAGUUUCUAUGGCUACAACAGCAAGCUCACGAAUGAGAGCAGUGGAAAGGGCCAGAUCACCAAAUCCGACGUCAAUACCACAGUCCAGGAUUGCCGAGCCAUCGUCCCGUCGGCGAAAGAUCUCCGUAGGGCCAAUCGAUUUCGAACAGCGCCGAGAGCAUAUCCGACUUGCGUAUACUAAGUCUAUCCGCGAGAGUCAAGCAGUUGAAGCACGGGAAAAGGCAGCAGAUCGAAGGCGGAGGGAAAUGGAGGCUGCUGCCAAGGCAAAGGCAACCGCCACUGCCACUACUCCUUCGGCCUCGAGCUCGCCAGCACUUAGCAACCAUGAGUUACUAGAGGUCCCUGAUAUUCCACCAGUUCCACCUCUCCCGGAACACCAUUCAUCAUUGUCAGAUCCACAAGCCGGCCGUGAACCAGAGCUGAGCAUGGAAAUCCCGGAUGCUACCGAGGUUCAAACCGCCUUAGACGUGAUUGACCAAGCAAAUGCUCCCAGUCAACCUGAAGACCACAAUAUAUCUCAUAAUCAAGAUCAGGCAGAGUCUUACGACAGGCAUCCCUCGCCCUUUAUAGACGACCCAACAAUGAGCCCUGUGGAUAUUGCAAUGGCACUACCGCCUGCUUCAUUCAUGCUAUCUCUGAGCUCACAAGCAACGCCUACUGCUGAGUUUUCAUUUGAGGACUUUGAUUCACCAACUCUUGGGGUUCCUGGCAGCUUUCCAGCACUUAGCCCUCCCAUUGGAGCGCCAGAACGACCACAGACCGCAGUUUCGGUAACCUCAGAGACUACAGAGUUUGACAACGAACCUCAAACGACCCCGCCAAGGUCUGCGCAACCACCGCUUGAGGUUCCGAUCACAAUUGUCAAGCCACCCAGUCCACAAACUCAAAAGCCCGCGUCUCCUCCGAGAGUCGAGUACGAAUACCCGUUCCAGGACGACCCUGACUCACCAAUUCGGCCAAAACCCACAUCGAACGCACUACAUCAGGCUGCAAAUACGCCAUCCGAGCAUGAGAUUGUGGACGAGCCCAUGAUGCCUGGUGCGUUUGUUGUUACUCCCCAAGCAGACAGCCACUAUGAGGAUAUUGAGCCGUCGUACGAAACUACAAUCGCUAUUUUAGCACCCAGCGACGUUGCAAGACCAGUCGACGAACCUCAAGACACUGUGCCUUUCCCACGAAUCGAGCCUGACUGUGAAUCAGAGUGUCAGUCAGAGUCGGAAUACGAUGAAACGCCAGGACGCUACCACCGCUCGAAUGACGAUGAAGCCGUUACUGACAGCUGCACGGAAGACAUGGACGAUGCAAGUAGAAUUGACCACAGAUCGGAGGCGCCGUCUGAUGAUCGAGCCUCGUCACACCGGGCCUCUACUUGCGAGUCUAUCGACACUAACAACGAGCACCAUUAUGGAUAUGACGAUGAUCAACGCCCGGAAUCCACGAGCAACCUCAUGGUACCAAUAGUAUCGGCACCAAACCGAAUAAGUCAGCAGUCUACAUGGACAGACUUUUCGAUCAACAGUGGCGAUGUGUCUCCGGCGGUGCGCUCGCCAGUAUUCCCCAACAUGGACGAUGAAGACGACUCUGGGGAUCAUGGUCACGUCACGAUCUUUGAAACAACAUCUAUCCAUCGAAAUAGCCGACCUGUCGAGCGACCUAUGGAAAUCCGUCACAGUCAACCAGAACCUCGUCCUUCUGCUGAUUCGACUCGAUCACCGUAUCUAAGCCAUCAACUUCCUGAGCUAGACACUGGGGAUGGAUUCUCAAUUCCUUAUCUCUCCAACAGAGCCAGCAAGAGCUUCUCAUAUUUCCCAUCGCCUAAUCACGAACCUCCCCCAAUACCCGCUUCGACGACUGGCUCCGCCUGUAACUCACAGCGAGCAUCGGGUGUCUACUAUGAACCGUCACAAAGUGGAAGUACAUUUGUCAACUCUGAGCGAGGGUCGCAAGAUUACAUACCUAUGAUGACAACACCCCAGUCGGUGGAUAAUGCCUCCCUGUCCACAAAUAAUCAAUAUUUUGCGGAUUCGGCUACUCUGAACGGCGAUGGAGCCUCGGAGACGUAUGACAAGCAUAGUCCCGCAGGAAAGGAGAAGCAGCGCCUUGUCCAGCGUCGCAACGUUAUCAAGGAGCUUGUGGAUACUGAGGCUGUGUUCGUACGUGAUAUGAACAUUGUUGAGGAGAUCUACAAAGGGACAGCAGAGGCUUGCCCUAGGCUAGACGGCAACACUGUGAAGCUCAUCUUCCGAAACACAGAUGAAAUCAUUACAUUUCAUACAUCGUUCUUUGCUCAAGUUAAGGAGGCGGUUCUCCCGGUAUAUGCCAUGCAGGGCCGCCGGUCAGCGCUUGCCAGGGAAGGCACAUUAAUGUCAGAGCCUUCUCAAUUCAAUCCUGCUGACAUUGAUGAUGCUAAGGAUCGUACGGUUUUGAUUGGCCCUAUCUUCAAAGCCAAUAUGGAGAAGAUGAAGCUGGCCCAUGAGGGUUUCCUCAGAAACAGCGACGGGGCUGCGAAGCGUCUCAUUCAGAUUCAACAAGAUCCUACGGUCAAAGUGUGGCUCAAUGAAUGCAAUGAAGUUGCAAAAGACCUGACGGCCGCCUGGGACCUGGACUCCCUCUUGAUCAAGCCUAUGCAACGCAUCACUAAAUAUCCCAACCUCAUCAUUACAUUGCUGCAACACACGCCUCAUGAUCAUCCUGACCGCGAAGCUCUCGUUGAGGCUAAAGAAAUCCUCGAGACGGCUAUUAUUGAGAUCAACAAGACUAAGAAGAAUUUCGAACUUGUUGGUCAGAUUGUCGGAAGAAAACGAAAGGAAUCCGAUGUCAAGGCAGGCUUCGCACGUGCAUUUGGCAAAAGAGUUGACAAACUACAAGCAUCUGGCACUCGCCAAACCGAAGAUUCCGAGUAUGGCAAACUUAACGAGAAGUUUGGCGAUGAUUAUUUGCGGUUACAGGUCGUUCUUCGAGAUGUUGAGUUCUACACCAGACAAGUUUCGGCUUAUGUGCAUGAAUUCUUGCAAUAUCUCUCCUCUAUUGAAUUGAUCAUGAGGCUUCAGCCAGGGAACUAUCCUGAGCUGGAAAGCAAGUGGGUUCAGUUCAAUAUUUCAAUACGCGAUCUUGAAAAGGUUGCACUCGAGGAACAUCUAUCUCAAGUCCGAAAACAUGUCAUUGAGCCCUUUGAGCAUGUCAUCAAGGCAUACGGCAACCCGUCACUUGCUAUGAAGAAGCGACAGAAGCGCCGCGUGGAUUUUGAGCGGUAUGAACAAUUGAAGCGCGCAGGCAAGAGCCCUGAUUCCAAACUCAACGAGCUUGUCGAGCAGUACGACGCCCUGAAUGACACUCUUAAGAAGGAGCUUCCGAAGCUGUCUGCUCUGACUGAAAAGGUGGGCAACAUCUGUCUUGGCAACUUCGUCAACAUCCAGACCAACUGGUACGGCAUCUGGAAGGACAAGAUGAAGGUGGUGCUCGGUGACACUCCCGAUAUGCCAGACCUUAAAGAGGUUGUGGCAACCUUCCAUCGAGAUUUCCCGUACGCGCAAGAGCAGCUAGCGAAUGUUGGUAUCCUCAACCCUAUGUAUCGUGGAAGAGUUUCCCAGUCGACUACGCGAAGCACAGACGAAGCGUCAUCGCUCAGGAUGCGGUCACGUCCAUCCGAGAGUGAUUCACGGGGUCGAGGACAUUCGGUCAGUGGUGAACAGGUACCAAGUGUUCCAUCGUCCGAAUUUGCCAAGCGUCAUAGCGGUUCCUACACAGCGUCGCCAACUACUGUUGCGGCAGGAAACAUUCCUAGUCCAAACCAGUAUUACUACCGUGACUUCUAUGCGGGGAUUAACAACCACCAGCAAGGCACAGCGUCGCCCAUAUCUCCAGAGCUUCCCGGGAGCACGCGUUCUUUUGCUGCUUCCACAAGACCGAGCACAGGACGAAGUUUUGACUCUGGUGGAAUUCCACGACAGAGCUCGGAGUCAGCUACGCAGCAUCUCCGAGACUCGCACACCACAUACAGUUCGCAAAAUCAAUCACAAGAGGGACGACGGUUCUCGGGGCUGUUCCACUCUGCACUGCCGCCAGCUGAUGAACUAGAGGAUGGUACUCGAUCAUCUCGAGCCUCUUCAAGAGAGCGAGGGCCGGUGGAUGAUGGGUAUAAUGUGCUCUGGCUUGCAGCUUCGCUCUUUGAGUUCAACAUUGCUACAACGAAACAUGAAGCUGGCUACCCAUACUUGGUGUACCAAGCUGGCGAGAUUUUCGAUGUUCUUGGCGAGAAAGGAGAGCUCUGGUUGGCGAAAAACCAGGAUGAUCCAGACGACCGCGUCGGAUGGAUCUGGUCAAAACACUUUGCCAGGCUCGCUGAUUCAUAG